CACAUAGUAAAGAAAGUAAAAAGCAAAAAUAUGAAGAAAGUUUUACUUUACCUGAUUUUAAAGAAAAUUUUAUUGAUGUCAAUGACAUUACUGAUCAAGCAAUUAAACUGGAUACUUUAACUAAUGAUAUUCCAUUAGAUAUUGAACAAAAUAAACAUGAACAUUACCUUGCCAAGAAAAUUGUUAACUAUGUUGAAAAGGAGGAUGGCUAUGAUUAUAUAUAUCAUACCAAGACUACUUCACAAAAAACAAAUAUAAAAACAUUUUAUUACUG